AUGGGUAAACCAACUUACAUACUUAUCAUACGACAUGGGGAAUCUGAGGGCAACUGUGACAAAUCAGUCAACUCGUAUACCCCCAAUCAUCUUGUCCCACUAACUACAAAGGGCCACUACCAGUCUCUUGAGGCAGGUAAAGCUUUGGCCAAAUUUGUACAGCAUCAAGCCAUGAAGGACUCAAGCAGCAAACGCAGUCGAAAAUCAAUCAUGUUUUAUACGUCACCGUAUCUACGAACGAGACAAACUUGCAACAAUAUCAUCGAAGGGAUCAAAGAUGAGCCAGGGAUUGAAUAUCGUGUGCAGGAGGAAACACGAAUGCGAGAACAGGAUUUUGGCAAUUUUCAAAAAUCAAAAGAAGAAAUGGAACAAAUUUGGGAAGAAAGAGCUCAUUAUGGACACUUUUUUUAUAGAAUACCGCAUGGAGAGAGUGCAGCUGAUGUGUACGACAGAGUGGCGACAUUUAAUGAGACUCUAUACCGUCAGUUCAAGUCUGAAGAUUUCCCCAACAUUUUGGUUUUGGUUACUCAUGGUAUCUGGUCUAGAGUGUUUCUUAUGAAGUGGUUUAAAUGGACUUAUGAAGAGUUUGAGUCGUUGAAAAACAUUCCUCAUUGUCAGUAUUUGAUCAUGAAGAAGGAUGUUAAGACACAAAAGUAUCACCUAAAAACAAAGCUUCGCACAUGGGAAGAUACAGAUGAUAGUUGGAUGCAACAUGAAGUUGUGAAGGAGUUUGGCGAUGAGCUUGAUUGCAAGAAUAUAGGAGAAGAGUUGGACGAUUCUGAGAUUGAUGCACUAGUUGAAGCUCAAAAGAAUGCCAUAAACUCGACCAAGCUGAAGGACAAAAAGAUUGAAGAAACAUAUCGAAAUUUGCGAGCCAGGGGAUUGAGCAUAAAUGGAGACUCCAAGUUUAAAGUAGAUAACCAAAGUGUUCAAAAUAGCAUGGAGAGUUUAGUUCAGUCACCUUAG